AUGGCGUGCACGAGGAGAACCAAAACUUUGGUGUCGACAUGUGUGAUCCUGAGCGGCAUGACCAACAUUGUGUGUCUGCUCUAUGUCGGAUGGGUCACGAACUACAUCGCCAGUGUGUAUAUUAAAGUCCCGGUGCCUGUCCCGGUCAGGAAGUUGGAGGGCGACAAGAAGGGCGAAACUCUGCGGAUUAUAGAGCGACUCGACCGGCUGGAAAAUGUCGUCAACCAGCACAUACAAGAAACCCCGCUGAAAUCAGACAGUAAUCAGGAGGACCGAUCGUUCUCCGACUCCUCACUCUUCAGCCACUGGGGUCAGGAUCUGAACUCCGAGAGCCGCCGGGUCGCCCUCAAGAUGUUCCAGUACUACGGUUACAACGGCUACCUCAGUGACCGCCUGCCCAUGGACCGAUCCAUCCCCGACUACAGACCUGAAGGGUGUAAGAACAUGUCGUACCCCUCGAACCUGCCGCAGGUCAGCAUCGUGUUCAUCUUCGUCAACGAGGCGCUGUCCGUCAUCCUGCGCUCCGUCCACUCGGCCAUGAACAAAACUCCCAGCCAUCUGCUCAAAGAGAUCAUACUGGUGGAUGAUAACAGCAGCAGCGAGGAGUUGAAGGAGAAGCUGCAGGACUUUGUCAAAGAGACGAACACUAGACGUCCAGGCUUUAUAAAGAUGGUGCGGCACAACAAGCAGGAGGGUCUGAUCCGGUCCCGUGUGAGCGGCUGGAGGGCUGCGACUGCCCCCGUGGUGGCUCUGUUUGACGCCCAUGUGGAGUUUAACACUGGCUGGGCCGAGCCGAUUCUCCAGCGGAUCAAAGAGGACCGGACACGGAUCAUCUCGCCAUCGUUCGACAACAUUAAAUACGACACGUUUGAGGUGGAGGAGUACCCACUGUCCGCUCAGGGCUUUGACUGGGAGCUGUGGUGUCGCUACCUGAACCCACCCAAGUCCUGGUGGAACCUGAACAACACCACCUCUCCAAUCAGGAGCCCUGCUCUGAUUGGCUGCUUCAUCGUAGACAGGAAGUAUUUUGAGGAAAUCGGGUUGCUGGAUGAAGGUUUGGAAAUCUACGGCGGUGAGAAUGUGGAGCUGGGCGUCAGGGUGUGGCAGUGUGGCGGCAGUGUGGAAGUCCUGCCCUGUGCCCGCAUCGCUCAUAUCGAGCGCGCCCACAAGCCUUACACCGAGGACCUGACUUCACACGUGCGCCGUAACGCCCUGAGAGUGGCUGAGGUGUGGAUGGACGAGUUUAAGAGCCACGUCUACAUGGCCUGGAACAUUCCACAGGAGGACUCGGGCAUAGACAUUGGCGAUAUCUCCGAGAGGAAAGCCCUGAGGAAAAGGCUGCAGUGUAAGACGUUCAGGUGGUAUCUGGUGAACAUCUACCCCGAGAUGAGGAUGUACACGGACACCAUCGCUUAUGGAGUGCUGAGGAACUCUCUGAAGAGCGAUCUGUGUCUGGAUCAGGGGCCCGACACCGACAACGUCCCCAUCCUCUACCUCUGCCACGGGAUGACUCCUCAGAACGUGUACUACAGCAGCACGCAGCAGCUCCACGUGGGCGUACUCAGCCCCACCAUCGACGACGAUGACAACAAGUGCCUGGUGGACGUGAACGGGCGGCCGAGGCUCAUCGAAUGCAGCUACGCCGCCACCAAGCGCAUGAAGCUCCACUGGCUUUUCACACAGAGAGGCUCCAUACAGAACAGAAAGUCAAAGCGAUGCCUCGAGCUUGUGGAGAGCAACGAAAGUGAGUUCGGCUUUGAGCUCACCGUCCAGAAAUGCACCGGACAGAAAUGGACCAUUACCAGCGUUCUGCCUGCUGGUGGCACCUUGUAA